AUGACCAUUGUGGCGUCGCCCAAUAGGAGGCAUGAGGGCUCGGCGGCGCGGGCGAAGAAGCGAGCUAAGAGGGCUCCGACUGCGCCCGAGCCGGAUGCCAAGCCGGCCCCGGAGGAGUACAGCAUCCCGCCGCCCGUCUCCCAGGGUAAAUGGAAAAACAAGGAGCGAGUGCUUAUUUUCUCUUCUCGUGGAAUUAAUUUCAGAACGAGGCACCUAAUGCAAGACUUAAGAACGUUGAUGCCUCACUCUAAAGCAGAUACUAAAAUGGACCGUAAAGACCAGUUGUUUGUAAUUAAUGAGGUGUGUGAAAUGAAAAACUGCAAUAAGUGCAUCUUCUUUGAAGCCAAAAAGAAACAGGAUCUCUAUAUGUGUCAUUGUUCCAUAAAUCUCAAAAUGAUGAGGCAGUUAGAUAAAAACCUAGAGAACGCGGAGGAAGCAGCAGAGCAGUUCAAGUUAAUCCAGGCAGCGUAUGACGUUCUCAGUGACCCCCAGGAAAGAGCCUGGUAUGAUACUCACAGGGAAGCUCUGCUGAAAGGAAGAGUUGAUGGCAACUAUCAAGAUGAUAGUUUAGAUCUGCUGCACUACUUCACUGUUAGCUGUUACUCUGGAUAUGGAGAUGAUGAAAAGGGAUUCUUUACAGUCUAUCGACAAGUUUUCGAAAAGAUUGCAAAAGAAGAGAUGGAAUAUAUGACCCAGGAAGAUACUGAAGAGUUCCCUAUGUUUGGAUAUUCCCAAAGCGACUACGAUACGGUAGUCCACCCUUUCUAUGCAUAUUGGCAGAGUUUCUGUACUCAGAAACACUUUGCUUGGAAAGAAGAAUAUGACACACGACAAGCCUCAAACCGCUGGGAGAAACGAGCUAUGGAAAAAGAGAACAAGAAAACAAGAGAUAAAGCAAGGAAAGAGAGGAAUGAACUGGUCCGUCAGCUAGUAGCCUUUAUUCGUAAAAGGGAUAAAAGAGUACAGGCUCACAGAAAACUUGUAGAAGAACAAAAUGCAGAAAAAACUAGGAAAGCAGAGGAAUUCCGGAGGCAGCAGAAGCUCAAACAAGCCAAGCUUGCUGAGCAGUAUAAAGAGCAGAGCUGGAUAACUAUGUCAGAUCUGGAGAGAGAGUUGCAAGAGAUGGAAGCACAAUACGAAAAAGAAUUUGGAGAUGGGUCAGAUGAUGAAGAUGCAUUAGAAGAACAGGAGACAAAAGGCAUCGAAGACAAACUGAAUGAUGAGACUGAAGAAGCUGAAUUUGUUGAUGGUCUGUACUGCCCUGCUUGUGACAAAUUGUUAAAAACUGAGAAAGCCAUGAAGAAUCAUGAAAAAUCAAAGAAGCAUCGAGAGAUGGUAGCGCUGUUACGACAGCAACUGGAAGAAGAAGAAGGGAAAUUCCCUGUGUCCUUGGAUGAUGCAAAUGGAAUACAUACCAAAGAGGAGGAAGAAACAGAAGACAUUCCCAAGCAGAAACUCUCAAAGAAGCAGAGGAAGAAACAGAAAACAAUGAUGACGUACGAGGACUCUCUUGAUAAAAGUGCUGAUGAAGAAACAGUUGAGCAAAAGGAGGUGCCUUGUGUGGACAAGGACAGCAGCUCAGCAGAGGAGCUGGUAAAUGAUGGCCAAGGACAUGCUGCGUCAGAGGACGCAAGCGCUACAGAAGAUGUUGGCCAAGUGGAUGAAGCAAAAACUGAAGCGAAAAGCAGUACCAAGCCUAAAGGGAAAAAAGCCAAGGAUGCAAAAAAGUCUGCUAAGGCAUCUUCAGAGCACCCAACAACGAAUGAAGUUCCCAUCCACUGUGUAACCUGCAACUGUGCGUUUCCAUCCCGAAAUAAACUGUUUGAACACCUAAAAGCCACAGGACAUGCAAAAGCAACACAAGCACCAGCUGUAAACGGAGCUGUAAACACCAGAAACAAAAAAGAGAAACGUAAAAACAGAUAG